UUGUUUAGCAUCUCUGGCGUCAAAAAACGGAAGACGAUUCGUAAAGACACUAAAGACAUUGACGAAGAUGAAAUUGCUCAUGGCGGAUGGUGGUGCAUAAAAAAUGAAGCGGAUCUCAAAGGCGGAAGUUUUGCAAUCGAAGCAUCGGCAAACUGCUACGUAAUGGCUUUGGACAAUGGCCGUUUCACUCUUGGAGUGCCUCACAAGGCAGGAGAAGGGCCAUCACCUGAAGAGCAAUUUGUCGUUAUCAAGCCCCCGGACGCUCAGUGGAUCAAUCUGAAAUCUGGCUAUGGAAAAUAUAUUGGGGUUGAUUCGAAAGGCGUCGUUGCUGCGUAUUUGGAUGCUGCUGGUGCCCACGAAAGGUGGGAAGUCGUGUUUCAGGACCAGCAAACCGCUCUUCUCGGAAGCAACGGUUGUUUUCUCAGCAUGGAAUCUGAUGCUGAGGGCUAUCUAGUUGCCACCAACAGGAUGGCUGAAGAAAACGAAAUCAUCAAAGUGAGUGUUUUGUUUUGGUCUUUCAGUCCAUUCUUCGACUCUAGGACAAACAACAUAAAGGCUAACGAAGUUGAUGUUCCAACGAUCGAAGGCAGUUCCAAAGAAUGCGAAAUGGCCUACGUGAAGCUUUAUCAGCAUUCAAAAGUCAGAUUGAACCCAGAAGAUAAAACCUAUGUUAAAAAGGCGAAGGGAGAAGGAAAUCUGCAUGAAGUAUUGUUGGACAGACGAGAAAAAAUGAAGGCGGACCGAUAUUGCAAAUGA